UGUCUGAACCUGCAUCUCGACCUGUUCAAAACCGUGAAGAGACAGCUCCCACCGCUGCUGCUGCCGCCACCGAUUCCGCCCCUCCCCGGGAGGCCACCACCAUGCUUCCUGUGCCCGGCUCUGGUAAACCACAGCAGGGCUGCUCCGAUCGCGAGGAAAAAGGGGUGGUGAGCCUGAAGAACGGCGCGUGCCUGUUCCCGGGGACAAACCGAAGGUCUCAUCCUCAUAUUGCCGCGAAGACCGCUCGUUCGUGUGGAACCUCAGAACGAAAGCGAACAAGUCGCGGCGCCAGACGAGAAACCGGCCGGGGCGGAGGAGGGUCGUGGCACAAAAUGCGAGGAGGAUAACACCAACCAGGGUAAGCUUUCGGCGGAGGGAAAGAGCACUGCUCGGAAGGCAAAGGAACCAAAACUUGCGGCCGCCGGGCUGCCAUCGUCAUCGACCCUGUCCUCUUCCGCUCGGUCGUCUUCAGGGCGACAAACCCCUCCCCUGUCGCGGAUGGCAGAAGCUCCUGGAUUCCCCCCUUCCGACGAGAUGAGGCUGCUCCAGGAGGCCAGGGACUCCGCGCGGGCGGCGGCUGAAGCGAGCGGCUAUGGCCGUCGGGCGCGAGCUCCGUCCCGCAAGUUCCUCGAGGCGUCGGGUAAGAUAGUAGGAGAGAGCGCCCAGUGGAUGACCAGGGAGAAAAAGGAGGAGCAGGCCAGGCUAAGCCUACAGCUGAAGGAGCAGCGGAAGGCGGCGGCGGCGGCAGGGCUCAAGCCUGGAGAGGUAAUCGAAGCCGCGACCGCUGCUGGCGCCGGAGGAGACGGCAUCCGCGGUGAAAAUGCCCCGUGGAACGGCUCUUGGAGGAAGCUUACCCCCGCCGAAAUACUGCAAGCAGCUGGUAAGACAGCCGGCGUGGGAAAGGCUCGAAAAAGUCUACCUGGGAGCACCGACACCAAAGGCGCCACCACGGAGAAGCAAAGAGAAGGUCCCGCCACUGAGGCAGAUACCGGCAGGCGCUUGGCGAAAAGGCGGGGCUCGAGUGCAUCCGAAGUCGCCAGCGAGUCCAAGCGGGGUAGGCACCCCAAGGGUAAGGCACCGAAGAGAUGGUAGUUGGCCCGGGGCCGCUGGCAGCAAAGACUGAGACCUUGUCCAAGAUGAAAAAGUUCGGUCUCGAGGGCACCAUUGGCAACUAGGCUGGGGGGUAGAUGCAUCAUCACAGCGCAGGGACCAGAUACUUGCGGGGCGCACGGAAGUUGAUUCUACCAUUUUGGUAGUUACGGGUGGUCUAUUUGAUCGGCUCCAAUCGAUGACGAUAUAGAUGCCGAGUCUCUGCAGGUAGAGCCGAACGACCCGUGCGUUGCAGCUGGUCCCCCACCUUCCCUCAGGGCCUCUCUCAUUCAACUGGGCGUGCCCCCUCGUACCGGUCGUCGACAUCAGCGAAAUACACGAAGUGCUUGCCGUGGUAAGGCUGUUCAUUUGGUGAAGGUCCUCUGACUUUGAGGUGAUUGGAUAGUGAUCAAGACUGGGCGACAAGUCGGGACCGUAAGAGAUGCGCCAAAAGACCAGCUGGGUCGCACCAGCCGUGCCGUUGACAUAAAAAACAACAUUCGCCCAGCGUGAGGAAGGAACCACGUCGUGAAGGUUUCUUGAGUAGACGCCGGGGGGGUACUUCACGAAGGCAGAGCUAGAAACUUUGCUCGUGCCAAGGGGCAGAAGGGAUUCAAAACGGAUCUACGCUGAUCACAGUAGAAAUGGGAACAUCUUUACUUGAUUGUGUUCUCCAUCGGUUUCAUUUGAUUGUUGGGUCUGUUCUAAAGGCCGUAGGUCGUGGCGUUGAUGUAUGGAAUGAGUACUACUGUAGCAUUCAGUGUUAUAUUUUCUACCACAGAAUGGGAUGUUGGGGUCCGUCGUGGACAGUUGUCGGAGGAUUUUGCGUCUAUAGCAGGGACCGCGAGACCGGUGGACUUGAAGGAGUGGCGUAAAGGGUACAGCAAAGGAUAAGAGGGAUACCCUAGGACUGCUGUGUAGCGACACGCAACAAUGACCCAAGGAUCCGGCUAAACACCUGAACGGAACCAAGAGCGUAGGUCGUGACUUCGUGGCAUAGCGCUUC